AUGGUUCAGGAGAUAUUGACACACAAUGGAGACGUACUGAAGUUUUCCGGUGAUGCGUUUCUUUCCAUGUGGAAGAAGACCGCCAAGUUAUCUAUGCAGGAUGUAGUUCACAACGCCAUUGACUGCGGUCUCAUCAUACAGAAGAAUUAUGGAAAUUUUAUUACAGAUGUUGGUGUUGUUUUGAAGGUUCGGCCAGCUGUAAUCGAAGCAGUUAGAAAUUCAUGGUACCCCGAACUUCGCCGGUUCAUGGCUAUACCGGUACUGCGCGCCGUGGAGAAUGACGAGCCCAUGGAAUUCCUCACUGAAGUCCGCCGCGUCAUCGUGGUGUUCCUCAAUAUUAUCACCAGAACUGUCACCCCUGACGUCCUUAUUGAGCUAGUUGAUACUGUUUAUAAACAAGUUUCGAGUCUUACCUCAGAAUCUGGUGGACUGGUGAACAAGGUUUCCAUGUUUGACAAGGACAUGAUGAUCCUCAUAGUAUUCGGUUUGAGGGGACUCAGCCAUGAAGACGAGGCCCAGCACGCAUUACUGUGCGCCCACCACAUCAAAGAUCAGAUUGUUGAUCCGAAUGUCCUUAACGUAUCGAUUGGAGUUACUUCUGGUACAACGUAUUGUGGUGUGGUUGGUCAUAUUUUGAGAAGAGAGUACACUGUCAUUGGUCCUGCUGUCAAUAAGGCGGCAAGGCUAAUGAUGUCGUACCAAAAUAAAGUGACGUGUGACAAGGAGACUUUCCUGAGAAGCAAGAUUGAGCAGGAGUACUUCAAGCAACUUGAGUCGAAACCUUUGAAGGGCAUUGCUAAACCGGGACCGGUGUAUGAAUUUAAUUAUUCGGGAUGGCCAGAACGACCGCCCUGCAGUCGACACCCAAUCCUAGGGCGUAACGACGAAAUGCGGAUCUUCAAGAGGACCCUCCAAAAUGCUAUGGAACAGCAGAACAAGAACUUCACAAGAUACCGCGAUCACAUCUAUGGGAUAGCCUUUACAGGAGAAAAGCUGAUCGGGAAGACACGAAUGAUAGACGAAUGCCUCUUUGUCACACCAGACUUUAUAAGGAAGAAAAAAUUUGUUUUAUGUAGCAGUGAUAAUGUGCCAUAUCAUUUAUUCCGAUCUAUUAUGAGUAACUGCUUCAGAAGAGGAAGCAAUAGGAAUGCUCAAGAAAAUAAGGAGAUUAGAAUUAGACAGACUAUCAUAAUGGAACAUACAACUCCACUUCAAGUUUACGGCAUCAACACCAUCUUUGAAUGCCAGUUUCCAUUACCAGAAAACUUUAAACAUACUGGUGAUAUCCUGUCCGAAUUCACUGUCAAGAUCAUCAUUCAAGAUAUUUGCAAAAAGAUCCUGGGCCAAAUGUGCGUCGUAGCUGUCGAGGAAGCACAAUACAUAGAUGACGAAUCUUGGCACUUGAUAAUGAUGCUGUUGGAAACUAAGAUCCUCUUCUUUGUCUUUUCCAUCGUUGAUAUCGAUGCCAUGUCAGUUUAUGCAAAAUCUUGCUUCCAUAACAACAUGAUAAAGAAGGUUCCUCUGGCUGGCAUCGAUCGCACGUAUCACGCUGCUCUUGCUUGCCAACUACUCGACGUACAAGCUAUACCUGCCGAUUUAGAAAAGGUCAUCGAAAGUGCCAGUGGUGGGUCCCCAGGCUGGAUACAAAACUUCUUGAUCGCCUUAGUGCAAAGAGGAGCUUUGAUUAUAGUCACGAUGACUCGCCAGGAGGUUCAAAAAAAGCCAGGACUUGUGCUGCCAGCUUCAAGUCUAUUACAGAAGGUCGUUGACGUAGAAGAAGAAGAAUUGACUAGAAGACAUAGCUUUCAGAGUAUUUAUAGUUUAAUGAGCGUCAGUAUGCUGAGUAAGCAGGACCAGCCGAGCGAACAGGAUGGUGACAAUACGGUUCAAGUAGCAGUGCUCGCUGACUCCUACGCUUUCGAGGACAUUAAGGUCGAUAUGGCUAUGGAUGCAAUAAUAUUGAAAACUUACGACUCUUUGACUCCAUUUGAGAAGAUGCUGUUGAAAUGUGGUUCCGUGCUCGGAGACGUCUUCUCCCGAAGAAUGCUUUUGAAUCUAUUGCAAUGUGAUUCUCCAAGAAAAGUAGCCCAAGCCAUUGCGAAGUUAUUUAUAAUUCGUGUACUUGAAUGCGAGGGAGGGGAUUUCACUCAUGACACUUCCUUAGUCCUGGUACAUCCAGCUCCAUCGGUCCCGGACCCUAAACCUCCAUACUGCGCCUGUUUGGGAACCCGGCAGCCUCCAAACUGCCGAGAUCUACCGAUGUACGCUUUCUGUGGCUUCAUGAAGUUCCGACACUCCUUGUUCAGGACCACUACGUAUGAAAUGUUGACUGAGACGCAGAAGCAUGAAAUGCACGCCCGCGCUCUACUCUACUUGGAGCGAUACACAAGGAGGUGCACCAGCUGUGGCGCUGGUUGUUUCUCGAAACUUCUUGGACUACGCUGUGAUGAUGGAUUAAUUCCUGAAACAGAAGAACUAAAGCGAACUCGUCUGCAAAUCAGUGCCCUAAGUGCUGAAGCUAAGAUUGCUGGUGAAGAAAAGACUAACUUCUACUUCAAUGAUGCUAGCAUGGACUAUCCGACCGAGGAUUUUUACCCAAAGAAUCUGAAUAAGAAAUGGGUCAGAGAUUUUUGCAUGGCAAACAUAUUUUCGUUGCGUGGAAUAUGCAUGCUGGAGUCCGGAGACCACAGCGAGGCUCGGAAGCAUUUGCUUCAUGCGAUGAAAUUGUAUAGACAUCCUUUUCCCACUUCCACACACAUGAUACGACUGGCUAAUAUGGGAGCGUCCUUCCACCAAGUCAUGGCUCUGUACGUCGCUCCGAACUUUUACAUUGAAAGGGAGAGCGGAAUAAUAGGCAGCUUUUAUGAAGAUAUCGCAUAUACUCUAUAUAGGCUGUACAGGCUAUUUAUGGAAGCCAAGGAGCCUGCGAACGCAACAUUAGCAGCCAAAUGGUGCCUGCAGUAUGCUUUACGCACAAACUCGAACUUUCGACUUUUGUGUGUCAGUUACGCGAAUAUGAUUGCAGAUUAUGGACAAAGGCAAAAGUUCUCGAUGUGCGAAAAGCUGGAAAAGCGAGCCAUGGAGAUUUGUCGUCGCAAACGUGGUCAGUUGGAUGUGACUGAAGUGCCAGCUAUUCCCACGCUUUUCACUCUUACCUUUUGCAGUGUGGAUCGUGGUAAAAAGAUAGAAAGCUUGGAGUUUGGCUUGUCAGUGAUGCACAUGCUAAGCAGUCGGACUGAGAUGAACACGCGAGAGUCAUUAGUGCUGUGUAUGCUGAAGUUGUUGCUAAGUGACCUGAAGAUUAAUGACAUGGUCACUAUUAUGAGGGAGUUCUUCUAUUUGACUGAUCACUAUGACUUAUGCUCCGAAACUUGGUACUAUUAUUAUGCCAUAGUGAUACUUCUUGACACUGGUUAUUGUGUGGAAUCAUACGGCACUUGUGAGAAGUUUUACAUGAAGAAAGGGGAUGCUUUACUGAGAUCGAAGACUCCUGAAGCCGCUUGGAACUUUUUUGUAUGCAUGUGGCUGGUAACGAUCAGGGUAGGUGCAUGGGAGCGAUCCAUACUGUGGGAGGAGAAAAUCAAACAGCUUUUGUCUAUGAAAUUGAACACAAAUGAAUUCAACAUGAUGAUAGUCAUUAGAUUGGUUGAGGGUCUCCUUAUUGCUUUGGUGAGGGAGCACUGGAAAGGCAUCUUAGACCCUAAAUACGUAGAUUACUGGUCCGUACAUGUGGAACCGAACAAUUUGCUGGACUUCAGAGAUUUCGACCCUCAAAACAGUACAAUUAUACCAUACACCUUACCUUUACCAACUGAUUUAGAUAAAUAA